AUGAACUUCUCUUCCCCACAGGGUGCAGGAGCAGCAUUGGCUUAUGUCGGUGCCUACAUGAUCAGGAGCUAUGACACCUUCGAGAGUUUCAUCCAGAACAGGCAGACCCUCAUUCCAGCUGCUAUCGUCAUCGGCAUCAGCGUGGUGAUGUUCAUCUUCGGCCUGGUUGGAUGCUGCGCCACGCUCCGUGAAUCCAAAGUCGGCCUCAGCUGUUUCUUUGUGAUCAUCAUGCUAAUCUUUGCAGCCGAGGUGACUGCUUUGGUAUUUAGCUUCAUCUACCAAGGAAAGAUAGGUCAGAACCUGGACAACUCGAUGAAUGACGUGUUUAACAAAUAUGAUGGCAAAAAUCCAGAGACCCAAGCUGUGAACUUGCUGCAGAGUGAACUGAAGUGUUGUGGUGUCCACAACAUGUCCAGCUGGCUCUCCACUCCCUGGUACGCCAGCAACAAGACAAUCCCUCUGUCCUGUUGUAAAAACACAACCCAGUGCAUCACUAGCCUAAUUCAACCCAGCCAGUUUUAUACAGAUGGUUGUGAGGACAAAUUGUUGAAACUGCUGCACGAUACGUUGACCUACGGCAUGCUGGUCGUUCUUGGGUUUGCCAUCAUCAAGUUCUUUGGAAUGCUGAGCGUCUGUGUGAUAACCUGUAGGAGUAACAACCGAAGGAACGGCUACCAGGCAAUUUAUGGCUGAAACAUCCACUGGAUCCACCUCCUUGUUUAGUUCUGCUGGGUUCACUGACUUCUUACUCUUUAUUGCACAGAAACACUCAGUCAUCAUCCAAAAUGAAAGUGCAUUGGAAUAAUUAGGUAGGAAAUCUUGCCAUAAUCUGAAUGGGAUCAUAUUCCAGCAUAACCAAAACUGUAGCUCUUUCGAAGUAUAUCAUUUUGUUAGAAAUGGAUGUGACUUUCAGUUUGUAGUUAAGUUUCUUUUGAAGAUUUUUUUUUUGUUGUUGUUGUCAUGCAGUUUUUGUUAAAGUACCGUAUUUUUUGGACUGUAAGGUGCAUUUAAAAUCUUUUAAUGUUCUCAAAAAGCGAUAGUGAGUCUUAUAAUCUGGUGUGCCUUACGGAAUAAUUCUGGUUGUGCUUAUUGACCUUGAACUGAUUUUAUGUGGUACAUGGUGCUUAA